AUGGCACCUCGGAAGGGAAAAAUCAAAGAAGAACAACCAGUUGUAACUCUUGGUCCUCAAAUUAAAGAAGGCGAAAAAGUUUUUGGAGUUGCACACAUUUUUGCUUCUUUCAAUGAUACAUUUGUUCAUGUUACCGACCUUUCAGGGCGCGAAACCAUUGUUCGCGUGACGGGUGGAAUGAAAGUAAAGGCAGAUCGUGAUGAAGCGUCCCCAUAUGCUGCAAUGCUUGCUGCUCAGGAUGUAGCUGAACGUUGCAAAGCUUUAUCUAUCAAUGCGCUUCAUAUUAAAUUACGUGCUACGGGAGGAACAAAAACUAAGACACCUGGUCCUGGAGCACAAUCGGCUCUUCGAGCUCUUGCACGAUCUGGAAUAAAAAUUGGUCGUAUUGAAGAUGUCACACCAAUUCCUACCGAUUGUACAAAAAGGAAGGGUGGUCGUCGCGGUCGGCGUUUGUGA